AUGUUGACUACAUUUUAUUUACAGCAUAAAAAAGUUGAUAGAAAUGAAUAUGUUGGUGAUUUGCCGGUUUUAACUAUGCCAGUUAAAAUAUUUCUUUCCAAUUUAAUUAUGUCCCAAAAUUCCAAAGAGCUAUUACGAAAAUCUGCUAAACAAGUAUUAACAGCACGCAGUGAUCCCAGUAAACCUGUAGUUAAUACAGUAACAAUUCUUAAUACAAUAAAAGAUCAUCAAAAAAAUCUUCCACGAACCGCAAAAAGCUCUCUUCCAAUUAUUAUACCUGAUCCUCAAAAAACUGAAUCAAAGGAAGGAGCAAAACAAGUUUUAGAAUUGUUGAUUAGUGGACCAAAAUCUUAUGUUUCGCACAAUUUUAAACCAGAAAUGAUGCGACUUGUACCACCACUGUAUGUGUGCAAAGAAGAAAUGGUUUGGAUGAAUAUGAGUAUUAGAUCAAAUCAUCAGAUCAUGUAUGAUAAAACAAUGUGUGUAUCUACUAGUGCUGCAACCGAAGCACGAGAACUUAUGACUAAAGCUCUCAAAACACCAUUAAUCUUACAGCAACAACAGCAUAUUUUAGCUGAACUUGUAAAUGAUCCAAAACUAGUUUAUAAUAUAGGUCUUACGCCUUGUAAAGUCAUCCGUCUGCCCGCAGAUUUUCGCAAGAUUUUUGCGAAACGUCAUAAAUUAGGAAACCUUUAA